AUGAGGAAACUCAAAACCUCUUGGAAGCAGAGUAAGCAACAGCAACAGCAACAGCAACAGCAACAGCAACAGCAACAGCAACAGCAACAGCAACAGCAACAGCAACAGCAACAGCAACAGCAACAGCAACAGCAACAGCAACAGCAACAGCAACAGCAACAGCAACAGCAACAGCAACAGCAACAGCAACAGCAACAGCAACAGCAACAGCAACAGCAACAGCAACAGCAACAGCAACAGCAACAGCAACAGCAACAGCAACAGCAACAGCAACAGCAACAGCAACAGCAACAGCAACAGCAACAGCAACAGCAACAGCAACAGCAACAGCAACAGCAACAGCAACAGCAACAGCAACAGCAACAGCAACAGCAACAGCAACAGCAACAGCAACAGCAACAGCAACAGCAACAGCAACAG